GGUUCCCCAGCAGGCUGAACGAGCCAUGUUGGCCUUGGAGAGGCAUCUGCCUCCGAAAUCUUACAUUUAGUACAUCACUGCUGACUGUCCCUCGCAACCAGGAGGUGAAAGCUUUGAGGCGGUCAGGAACGAUUUCUCCCCACAGCCGUGAUGGCCCCGCCCAUCCAAACGUCAAUGUGGGCGGGGCCGUGUUACGUCACAGAGCGGAGCCCGCAGUUGGAACUCGGAAACCCCGGCAACGCGCCAAGGUUCUCGUGGGAUUCCCCGGUCCCAGGUGGUCAGCGUCUCUAGGGACCGCAAAGGAGGGCGUCCGGACAGAAAGUGGUUUUCUGGUCGUGGGCUCAGCCUUUCGUCGCUCCCAGUGGUACCUGAAGAGGUUGAGAUUAGCCCAUAGGUCCCGGCUCCCCAGAAGAAAGAGUGAUUAAGUGAAGGAAUGGGGGAAGAAAGAGGAGGUUCUUGGAGUUGGAUAUCAUCAUUUCUGAGGACAAUGUUAACUGGGCACCAGGAUUUCUGUCUCUAAGAACUACAUGGCAGAUGCAGAAGAGACGAAAGGCAUAGAAUCCCCGUUACUCAUCAUUUUCUGAGUGCAAAAGAACAUGAUCAAGGCUCAGGAAUUGGGAGAAUUGAUAGUCAUCUGCCAGAGCACUCUCAAAACCAAAGAUUUCUGAAGCGCAUGCAACAAUGCAGUGAACAGAAUACAUUAAGAAAGAGUGUUCAUCUUAGCAAAACUCAUUUUGCCCUAAUGCAGAAUCAUACAUUUGACUUAUACAGCAAAACUUCGAAAUCAAGUUUAGUUAACGAGAAUAGAAGAUAUACAAUAAAGAACCCUGUGGAGUUUAAUGGAGAUAAGAAAUCCUUUCUACAUGGUAAUCAGGAACAGUUGUAUUCUGGAAUUGAAUUUCCUGAAAGUGUAAAGCACAUUAGCACUAAAUUCCAAGUCUUUAAGCAUCAGAGGACUAACAAAACAGAGAAAUCUCAAGCCUGCAGAAAAAGUGAGAAAACCUACACCAGGAAGUCUCAGGUUAUUUAUCAUGAGAGCAUUCAUACAAGAGAGAAACCCCAUGGGUGUGAUCCAUGUGGAAGAUCCUUCAGAAGUGUCAUGUUCACUAAAUACCCAAAAACUCCUAAACGAGACAAACCCCAUUUAACCAGUGAAUGCAGAAGAGUCUCUACUGUGAAGAGCAGUCCCACUGUCUAUCAGCAAAACCACACAGGAGAAAAAACCUAUAUAUGCAAUGAGUGUGGAAAAGGUUUUACAGUGAAGCGCUAUCUGAUUGCCCAUCAGCGAACUCAUAGUGGAGAGAAACCUUACGUAUGCAUUGAAUGUGGAAAAGGCUUCACGGUGAAGAGCAAUCUCAUUGUGCAUCAGCGCACUCACACGGGGGAGAAGCCCUAUGUAUGCAGUGAGUGUGGGAAAGGCUUCACUAUGAAGCGCUAUCUUGUUGUACAUGAGCGAACUCAUACUGGAGAGAAACCCUAUUUAUGCAACGAAUGUGGAAAAAGCUUCACUGUGAAGAGUAAUCUCAUUGUACAUCACCGGUCUCAUACGGGGGAGAAAUCUUACGUAUGCAGUGAAUGUGGGAAAGGCUUCACAUUGAAACGCAAUCUCAUUAUGCAUCAGCGGACUCAUACGGGAGAGAAGUCUUACAUAUGUAACAACUGUGGAAAAGGCUUCACCACAAAGCACGCCCUUGUUAUACAUCAGCGAACUCACACAGGGGAGAAACCCUAUGAAUGCAAUGAGUGUGGUAAAGCCUUUAGCCAAAAGAUAUUCCUUAUACAGCAUGAGAGGUGUCAUACAGGAAAGACACCCUUUGUAUGUACUGAGUGUGGAAAGUCCUAUUCCCACAAGUACGGUCUCAUUACCCAUCAGAGAAUUCACACAGGAGAGAAGCCCUAUGAGUGUGAAGAAUGUGGGAAAGCCUUCACCACAAAGUCAGUACUCAAUGUCCAUCUAAGAACUCAUACUGGAGAGAGACCCUAUGGAUGCAGUGACUGUGAGAAAGCCUUCUCUUACUUGUCAAGUCUUGCUAAACAUAAGAAAAUGCACAUAAAAGAAAUGAGUAGAUUGAGUCAAGCUGGAAAUUCCUUUAACAGAGAGUCACAGCUCAUUACUGAUGAGUGAACUUCGGCAGAACAAAAGCCCUGUUAAUGCAGGGACUGGGGAAAUGCCUUCUGUGGCAGCUAAGACUUAAGUGAAACAUCAGUGUUUCCUCAUAGAUCAGAAUGUAAUGGUACUGCCCAUUAUUAUAUAGGGUACCCUGAGGAGAUGCAAGAAUUUGCCCAGGAGGAGUUGCCAUCAUGGCUCAGCAGAUAAUGAACCUGACUAGCAUCCAUGAGGAUGUGGGUUUGAUCCCUGGCCUGACUCAGUGGGUUAAGGAUCCAGUGUUGCCAUGAGCUGUGGUGUAGGUCGAAGACACAGCUUGGAUCCCACAUUGCUGUGACUCUGGCAUAGGCCAGUGGCUACAGCUCUAAUUGGAUCCCUAGCCUGAGAACCUCCAUAUGCCAUGGGUGUGACCCUAAAAAGACAGAACGACCAAAAAAAAAAAAAAAUUGCCCAGGAAAUAAACAUGAUGAAUGCAGUGAGUGCAAUGGUGUCUUUAGUGAUUGUUACCUCACACUGUCAAUGAAAACCUGCUGGAAGAACUCAUACGUUCAAUGUGGAGAUGUCUUGGACAACAAUUUCUAGCUUCAUUAUAUGUCUCCAUAUAUAUGGAGGGAUCAUCAAUGAUCAUCGGUGAGCUCACUGUUCAUAGAAAUAUGAUUUUUAAAAAAGAAAGGAGUUCCCAUUGUGAGUCAGUGGUUAUGAACCUGACUAGUAUCCAUGAGGAUGCAGGUUCAAUCCCUGGCCUUGCUCAGUGGGUUAAGCAUCUGGCAUUGCCGUGAGCUGUGAUAUAGGUCGCAGAUGUGACUCAGAUACCGCAUUGCUGUGGCUGUGGAGUAGGCUGGCAGCUACAGCUCCAAUUUCACUCCUAGCCUGGAAACUUCCAUAUGUUGCAGGUAUGGCUCUAACAAGCAAAAUAAAGAAAUAAUAGAAAAGAAAGAAUUAUGCCAUGGGAAAGUCUUUACGCUGAAGAAGACCUCAGUGAGUGUCAGAAUUCACACUGGAAAAAAACAUUAAGAAGACAAUCUACAUGGCAGAAGUUCAGUGAUAAAUUCUGCCUCAUCAUUUGUCAGGAAAUUGUACAGAAAUUCAAACUUUUAUGAACACACUAAAGAUAGAGCACCUUUAGUUGAAUAUCACAUGACUUAUAAAAGGAUGAAUCCCUCAGAAAUGAUAAAUAUGUGCUUUUUGUUACAAAUCUAACCUCGUUAUACGUCAAAUAAUGCAAAUCUUUCUAGUUGCCUUUUUUGGUAUCCCACAGUUUUAAAAAUUAGCCUGCUUUUUUUCAUCACUGAUUUUAUAUUUUUGAGUUUUUAUGAGUUUUUAUUUUUUGGCCAUGUGCAUCACAUGCAGAAGUUUCCAGACCAGGGAUCAAACCCAAGCCACAGCAGUGACAAUGCCAGAUCCUUAACCUGAUGAGCCACAAGGGAACUCCUCUUUUAUUUUUAUAUACAGUGCGGGAGUAUUCUAUGCCUACCCCCACUUGUGAUUAGCUUUUUUACUUUUCUUUGGCUCUAACCAUAUUGUAAAUUUUAAUACACUGAAUACUUUUUUUUUUUCAAGAUAAUUUUUUCAAUGAAUUGAGAACAGAAAAGUGGAGUGGGAUGCACAUUUGCCUUGGGGACUUGAGGGUUGAAAUGAAGCUUGCAGAUGUCAUUGUAGCUGAAUCUAAAUAGGAAAAAGACACUGGGGGCUGUCUCCCUGAUCCCUGGCGGGUUCCCUUCACCGUCCCCUCAACUCUCAGACCAGGCGUCCAGAGCAUCCCACCCGCGGCAGUGUUCUGUCACGUUGACCUUGCUGGACCACAAGAUGGGACCCCUGCUUGUUAGAGACCACGGAACUGCCGAACUCUGCAGAAGGCAAACUUGGCGCACAUGCAAAAGCACAGCAAGCUAAGGACUGCUGACGCAGAGUUCUCAGGUACAGGGUCUCCUUCAAACGCAAGAUAAGGGAGUCAUACAUGAACCAGGAGCAGCUGCACGAUGCCCUGGAGGGAUGCACCUGUCACUAGCUGCUAGUUGUUUCCUCUGUUAUUCACUCAGAGAUGGCUUUGUCAUUGCCUGCACCUGAUUUUGCUCGUGAACCUAUGUCACCUUCCCUAAUAAAUGUCAUAAGGGCUAAAGCCUAGGCGCCUUUGUUCUGCAGAACAGAGUGCCUCCUAGUCCCCCACUUUCUAAAGGUAAAAGAGUUAUUUUUUUUAUUCCACGCCGUCCCUCUUUCAGGAUCUCCCAUUGCUCUGCAGUGCUGGGUGCAGCACCUGCUGACCUGGGGCUGGUGGGUGAUGGGGGCCAGGUGCCCACGAGACUGAAUUUUUUUUUUUUUGUCUUUUUUUGUCUUUUGUCUUUUGUUGUUUUUGCUAUUUCUUGGGCCGCUCCCACGGCAUAUGGAGGUUCCCAGGCUAGGGGUUGAAUCGGAGCUGUAGCCACCGGCCUACGCCAGAGCCACAGCAACGCGGGAUCCGAGCCGCGUCUGCAACCUACACCACAGCUCACGGCAACGCCGGAUCGUUAACCCACUGAGCAAGGGCAGGGACCGAACCGCAACCUCAUGGUUCCUAGUCGGAUUCGUUAACCACUGCGCCACGACGGGAACUCCGUGUGUUUUUUUUUGUCUUUUUUUGUCUUUUGUCUUUUGUUGUUGUUGCUAUUUCUUGGGCCGCUCCCGCGGCAUAUGGAUGAAUUUUUUUUUUCUUUUUAGCGCUGCACCCACAGCAUAUGGAAGUUCUCAGGGUUGGAUCAGAGCUGCAGUUGCCAGCCUACGCCACAGCCACAGAAACACUGGAUGCAAGCUGCAUCCGUGACCUACACCAUAGCUCGUGGCAAUGCCGGAUUUUUAACCCAUUGAGCAAGGCCAGGGAUCGAACCCACAUCCUCAUGGAUACUAGUCAGGUUCUUAAAGUGUGAGCCACAACAGGAACUCUAAGACUGAACAAUUUUAAAAGGAAAUUGAAUUUCAACAUAUCUUUGCACUUGGCUUAACUAAGUUGGUUAAAGAUGACCAAUUAUUUUACAAAACCACCUUCAGAGUUAGUUUUAUAAAAUGUAUAAAUGGACUUCCUCUGUGGCUCACAACAAUAUAAAAUGUAUAAUAUGAAAUCAUUUACUUCCCCAGUAUCCUUUACCCAACUCCUCCCAGUAAAAACAUUUGAUGUAAUCAUAUUUUAUUGUUGAGUCCAGGAAAUGACAUUGGCAGUAUACUGUUAACUCCUAAACUUUGGGGUUUGGAUUUCACUAGAUCUUACAUAAUUUUCUUUACAUGUUUUUUUGUUUGGCUGCACCGGGGCCAGGGAUCAAACAUGCGCUACAGCAAUGACAACUCGGCAUCCUUAAGCGCUAGGCCACCAGGGAACUCUCAUAAUUUUUUCAAAGUUUGUAAUUCUAAGAUGAUUUAUUUUGUUUCUUUUUGGCUGCUUCUGCAACAUAAAGGAAUUCCUGGGCUAGAGAUCAAACCUGGGCCACAGCAGUGACAAUUCCAGACCCUUAAGCGCUAGGCCACCAGGGUGCUCCAUGUAUCUACUACCUGCAGGACAUAAAAAUGUUCAAGACUCCCUCAUGCUACCUUUUCAUGCUCACACCCUCUAUCAAAACCUACCUCUGUUAGCAACCACUUUUCUGCUUUCCAUCAGUAUAAUUUUAUCAUUUAUGAAUGUUAACAAAGUAAUUUUUAUAACUUGAUUUUAUACAUUUUAUAUAAAUAGGUUGUAUUUAUUGAUACAUAUUUAUAAUUUCUUAUUAAUGGGGGAACAUGUAAGCUUUUUGUGUUUUUGUCACUCAGCAAAUUGCUCUUAAGACGUAUUUGCACUGAACUCGUUUAUGAGCAGUAUACAUACUGAGUGUACUGUUUGUUGAUCCAUUCACUUGUCAAAGAAAUCUGUAUUGUUUCCUGGUUUCAACUGUUAUGAAUAAAGAUGCUGUAAAUUGGCA